CAGCUGUAUUGCAGUAACUGGUACGCAGGCGCUAACGCUGAUGUGUUGAAUGGUGAGAAUUUCGUUGAACUGGUAUCGUGUAGGAAAAACGCUUUCGGCAGGCCAUUGAAAAAAUUGUCAAAAUGUCCAGUUCGCGCACUAUAAUAUGUUUACUGCGAAAUGAUUUGCGUCUUCAUGAUAACGAGGUGUUCCAUUGGGCUCAGAAGAAUGCAGAGCACAUAGUUCCACUCUACUGCUUUGACCCUCGUCACUAUUUGGGGACAACCUGCUUCAAUUUCCCAAAGACAGGCCCUUUCCGCUUGCGCUUCCUUCUUGACAGCGUAAAUGAUCUGCGGGCCUCCCUCAAAAAGAGAGGAAGCAACCUUGUGGUGCGUCGUGGAAAACCAGACGAAGUGGUUAGUGAUCUUAUCAAACAGAUAGGCUCGGUCACCGCAGUCGCCUUCCAAGAAGAGGUGACGGAAGAUGACAAGGAGGUUGAGAAGCAAAUAAAAGAUGUUUGCUUGAAAAACCAGGUCAAAGUUCAAAGUUUUUGGGGAUCAACACUGUAUCACACACAUGACCUGCCCUUCAAUAAUAUCAGUAGACUCCCAGAUGUGUACACCCAGUUCAGGAAGGCAGUGGAGUCCCAGAGCACGGUUAGGCCAGUGUUCCCCACCCCUGCCCAGCUGAGGUCUCUGCCCCUGGGCUUGGAGGAAGGGCCAGUCCCCACAUACCAGGACCUGGAGGUGCAAGAGCCUGUGACUGAUCCUCGCUCUGCCUUCCCCUGCCACGGAGGAGAGAGUGAGGCUUUGGGCCGAUUAAAGCACUACUUCUGGGACACGGAUGCUGUGGCAACUUACAAAGAAACCCGAAAUGGUUUGAUUGGGGUUGAUUAUUCGACAAAAUUUGCUCCAUGGCUUGCCAUGGGCUGCAUAUCUCCACGAUAUAUUUAUGAACAGAUCAAGAAAUACGAAGAAGAGAGAACGGCCAACCAAAGCACAUACUGGGUGGUAUUUGAGCUACUUUGGAGGGAUUACUUCAAGUUUGUGGCAUUGAAGUAUGGAAACAGACUUUUUGAUUUGAAUGGUCUACAAGACAAGCAUGUGCCAUGGAAGACCGAUAAGAAACUUCUUGAUGCAUGGAAAGAGGGACGGACAGGAGUGCCCUUUGUGGACGCCAACAUGAGGGAGCUGGCCCUCACUGGCUUCAUGUCCAACAGAGGGCGACAGAACGUAGCCAGCUUCCUCACCAAAGACCUGGGUCUGGAUUGGAGGAUGGGGGCAGAGUGGUUUGAAUACUUACUGGUUGACCAUGAUGCGUGCAGCAACUAUGGAAACUGGUUGUACAGUGCUGGCAUUGGCAAUGACCCUAGAGAGAACAGGAAGUUCAAUAUGAUCAAACAGGGACUGGAUUACGACAAUAAUGGAGACUACGUGAGGCAGUGGGUACCUGAACUGCAGGGCAUUAAAGGAGGGGACGUUCACACACCAUGGGCUCUGAGCAAUGGUGCUUUGUCACAUGCCAAAGUGUCUCUGAAUGAGACAUACCCAUCCCCAAUCGUCAUGGCACCUGAAUGGGGUCGACAUGUCAACAAGAAACCAUCUGGUGGAGCUGCACCUGCUGCACGAGGGAGAAAAGGUCCUUCGCAUACCCCCAAACAACACAAGGACAGAGGCAUGGACUUCUACUUCUCCAAGAAGUCUAAAGAUUUCCAAUGAAGGACUGUGAUUGACAUCAGGAAUUGUCUCUGCUUUGACAUGCAGGGCCAGUUUUUCCACAGUAAAUCAUACCCUAACUAUGCUAUAGAGCUUGUGGUAUAUUUGCUCAAAGGGGUGAUUAUGUUACAUCACAUAUUUUCUGUUUACAGAAAUGGUAAAGCCUUAAGCCUGAGAUGCAUUCAGUGAACAUUAAAAGUGAACUCCAUCACCUGUGCAAUAUUUUGUGAUGAAUGUGUUUGUUCUCACCUUUUAGGGAAUUUUACUUUGUUUUAUGACAUUUUGUAAUAUCAUAACAAAUCUUUUAUGCUCAUCUUUGUAACUUUUUUUUUUUAAAAGAGACCUUUGUUUUAUUGAAGGUGCAUCAGGUCUGUUUCUGACUUACCGCAUAAGGAAGUUGGAAGUCAUUGUUAUAUAUGCAAACUAAUUCACAAGAAAGGGGAAGAG